AUGACCGCCCAAGGACCUAUGGUCCCAGGGCCUCCAAUGACUCAUGAUUGGGCAGACAAUCAUUCAAGUAGCCACUUGGAUAGUAUCACUUCCGGAAACAGCGCCAUACCAUUGACUCAAUCACGUACUCAACAGUCUACAGGUUCAACAGACUCGAAACUCUCGACCCAAAGGACGUCGUCGAGCGCCCAGCGAAAACGAUCAGUGCUUGGUUUGCACCCCCAAGCGCCAAUUGACGAAGGACAUGAAGAGGCUCCACAAUCAGGCCUGGUGUGGUCGCGAAUAAGAACCGUGAUGAGAGAGCCGUUUGCAGAGUUCUGGGGCACUGCUGUUAUGGUCAUGUUUGGUAAUGGCUCAGUUGCGCAGGUAUUGCUCUCAGCAGGACAGUCCGCCGCUCCAGGGGGCAAUGGCUUCGGCCAGUAUCAAUCGAUAAAUUGGGGCUGGGGAUUAGGCGUGAUGCUAGGACUGUAUGUGGCGGGCGAUUUUGGCGCAUAUCUGAACCCUGCGAUCACAUUUACCAACUGCAUCUACCGGCAGUUGCCAUGGCGGCGGCUUCCCGUGUAUUUUGCUGCGCAGAUGCUCGGAGGAUUCGUCGGAUCUGGUAUCGUGUACGCGAAUUACAUCAGUGCCAUCGACUGGUUCGAAGGUGGCAAGAUGCGAACGGUGCCUCCUGCUGAAAAAGCUACUGCAGCUAUCUUCUGCACUUAUCCACAGCCCUUCUUGACCAAGACGAGCCAGUUUUUCUCCGAGUUCAUAGCAAGCACGUUGCUUAUGUUCGUAGUGUUUGCACUGAAGGAUCCGAGCAAUAAUGGUGUUCCCAAGAGCGACAAGUGGUUCCCGCUCUGUUUGUUCUUCCUCAUCUUCGGUCUGGGUUCUUGCUUCGGUUGGGAAACUGGCUAUGCGACUAACAUUGCUCGUGACUUUAGUCCGAGACUGAUGUCUUACGCUGUCGGAUACAGCCAUGAGGUCUGGUCAGCAGGUGGAUACUAUUUUUGGAUUCCAAUGAUAGCGCCGUUUCUUGGUUGCGCAUUUGGGGGGUUUCUAUAUGACGUCUUCAUCUAUACGGGCCCUAGUCCCGUCAAUUCUCCCUGGCUAGGCUUGAAGCAGCUCAUGCCAGAGAAUGCGAUGUGGACAAGAAGAGAGCAUUUGAGGAGAGAGAAGCAGGAGGGAGUCGUAUGA